UCCUAUAUUUAGGACAGUAGAAAUAAAAAAAAAUAUCAGAAUACCCUCUUUAUCUAAGAUUAUUUAGUCUUAUGAUUUGCAGUAAGAAACGUGUCAGCUUUAUUAGAAAAAAUAAAAAGACAGUUAUUUUAACAGUUUUUACCUUAUAUUUUACCUUAUAAGUGUGUAAUAAAAGUGCGUUGCAGACAUGGCAAAUGACAGACCGUUAGCUGCGCAUGAAAUUUUAGAUGCUUUAGAAAAUGUUUCUGAUAAUGAAGAAGAUUAUAGAGAACGACUGAUAUGUAUUCUACCUCCUCCUGUUGAUCCUGACUGUCUCACUGACGAAGAUUCGGGUGAAGAAGAUAAUGUAACUUUGAAUAAUUUGCCACGAAACAUUCUGCUUCAACCGGCUGAAGUAAUGAUUCAAGGGCAGAUUAUGGUGAGUGAUACAGAAGAAGAACCUUCUGAUUCUACAGGUCGAACUAAACGUAGGCGUACCUACGCAUGGAGAAAACGGGACUUGGCAAAAAAUCCCGUGAAUUGGCCAGAUGUUCAAGGCGCUUGCCAAGAUAACCGAAUUGGUAUACGAGGUAAGAAAUGGUACAUGCCGUUGCUCACACACAUGAUUGAUCUUGCCGAACAUAAUGCAUGGCAGUUAUAUAAAAUAAAUCAUGGAAAACUGGAUCAUCUUGGCUUUCGCAGAAGGGUAGCAAUUGCUUUGAUUGAAUCAAACAGAAAAAAUGUCAAAAGAGGGCCUAGCCGACCCUCCCAUCAUGAACAUGCUGAUAGUCGUAAAGACCAAAUGAAUCAUCUGCGCGUCUUCUUUGAUGUUCAAUCAGAAUUGAUCCAAAUUUAUGAAUACAAGGUGAAGGAAAAUGCUAAUUCAGAAUCAACUUUGUGA